CUCGGAAAUAAAAUCAGCUGUCCCUCAGUGCUUGUUGGACAGAGUUAACAUAGUGAGGCUGCUGGAGGAGCUGGUCUCCACCACCACAGCAGGAUUGGAAAGACUGCUGGCACAUUAGUUGACCUGCAGGCCAGGCUGAGCACAACUGACCCGAUCUGUGGAUUUCUGUCACACUUCACACUUGUCCAUUUAAGCUAGAUCUACUCGCAGUUGGCAGCGUGGUGGUAGCCAGUGCUGGUCAUCCUGAGGGGCCAGAACAGCAGAGGAGCAGGCCUCACUCUGAACCCAUCCCUCUAAAGAACCGCAUGGCAAUGUAUCAAGCUGCAGUCUCCAAGCAGGACACACCAGGCUUCUCCAAUGGAGUCAUGAAUGAAGCUGAUGUCUGCUCUGUGCCUGGAGGACUGGCCAGCAUUCGCAGACAGUUUGAGAGUGAAGAGAAGUCUUCUACUCGCACAGCUACAAAGUUUCACCAUACACAGCAAUCUAUGCAGGAAGUGUCAAACUCAUCUGAGCUUUCAGUGAGAAGAGGAAUUAAAGGAGGAGAAUCCCAACAGGAUGAAAGGGUUUCAUAUCAGACUGUUCACCAGGAAGUAGCCUCUAGUGAUGAAAACCAUCAUGGUGAGAAUGAAGAAGAAGAGUAUUAUCCAAAACUCUCAGCCAAAGAACUGGCGCGGCACUUUGAGAAAACCAUUGAGGAAGCUGCUCCAAAUAAGAAAAUUAAGACUGAACAUAAAGUGAACAAUUCUCAGCAGCCCUUGGAUGUAAACGUAUCCCAUCAGGCCCUCAUGGGUGAUAUGUCUGUCCUAUCAAAUGAUACAGUAGAAGAUUCAGAAACAGAUUCAGGGCAUUUAGGAUUUGUGCCUUUUAAUGAUGAUGAAGACUUGGAUUACUUACCUCCACCACCACCAGACUUACUGGAAGAUCUCCCUGAAGACACUGGUUUCCCAGAGCCCCCUGAACCAACACCCCCAAAGAAGCACAUCAUUCACAAAGAUCAAUACUGUAAACAGAGAGAACUACUGGAAGUGAAGCGCUUAUGCAAGCACAUUCACCCUGAUGUUAGGAAAGACCUGGAGCAAGAUUUAUAUAAUGAGGUAAAUGAGAUGGACAUGGAUGAGGAGAUGGUAGGUGAUGUACAGGAUGCCAUACACCAGUUUGAACACAGUGGUAGAAGCCCUAAUUGGAGCCCAGAGAGAGGAUAUCUGGAAUGGGAUGAAAUCCGGAGAGGGGAGGUACAGUCUAUGCGCUGGAUGUUUGAAAAUAAACCUCUUGACUGCAUUAAGGACUCUUCAGAUGAUGAUGAGGACAGCGGAAAUAUAGUUCAGCAAGAAAUCAUAGCUGGAGGUGAUGUAAAAAACACUGCUUUGUUGUUUGAGACUCAACCCAUGUUAGAGAUAGACACUAGUUACUCUGCAAAGAAAUCUUCUUACAAUGAAAUAGGUAAAAAAGAUGUUCGUGCAGCAGCCUGGUUGUUUGAAACAAAGCCAAUGGACUCACUGAAUAACAUGCAUGGUGGUGAUGAGCAAACCAAAGAGGUUGUCUUCACAGAAGAAGCAACCCAUGGUAACGUGAAAUCUAUCCAGUACAUGUUUGAAAAUCAGGGAAUGGAUUCUCUGGGUGAUACUGAAACCGUGGAUGAAAAGCACCUUCUAAGUCUGAAAUCUGUCAGAGAGGAGAUUAAAGCUGAUGUGAAGAUAACUGCCUGGCACUUUGAGACCCAGUGUAUGUGUGUUUUAAGGGAGCACUCAGGUCAAAUAGUGGAAAUUACCUGUGUUCGCCGUGAAGAGACAGAGAAAGGUGAUGUCAAAACAUCACGGUGGCUUUUUGAGACACAGCCUCUUGACAAAAUCAGCAACGACCUUUCCGAAGUUAGGCUUAUCAUCAGUAUUUCAUUGGAAGACAGUAUUAAAGGUGAUGUGAAAAAAGGAAGAUGGUUAUUUGAAACAAAAAAGCUGAAUUCUUCAAAUGAAGAGUGGGAAAGAAUACUUGGACAACAGAAAGUGGAGAUUCUUGGGGCUGAUGUUCGCAAACAAUGCAUGGUGUUUGAGACUCAGCCCAUGGAUACUCUAAAAGAUGAUUCCAUCUCCAGACCUAUCACCACUGAAAUCCUUGGUGCUGAUGUACAAACGGUAAGACAUUUAUUUGAAACAGCACCAUUAGAAGAGUUUAAGGAACUGCGAGAGGUGGGAAAGCUGAAAAAAAGGGUGACAACUGAUGAAGACAAAGGGGACCUACGACACCAAAGAUGGAUGUUGAAGAAUCCACCUCUAGAGGACAUACAAAUUGAGGAUGAUGAACUGGGGAAGCUAAAGAAUAUAGCUGCCUCAGAAGAAGAGAAAAGUGAUAUAAAACAUCAGAAAUGGCUAUUUGAAAACCAAAGACUUGAAGAUAUCAGAGAGGAAAGGAAGGAAGUGAUGAAAAUGAUUAACAUUGAGCAGAUAGAUGAAGAAAGCUACAAAGGUGAUGUGCGCAGGACUUGCUGGGUAUUUGAGACUCAGUCUAUGGACACAUUAAAAGAUGAUUCGAAUGCCAGACCCGUGAAUACUGAAGAAAUUAUUGGAGGGGAUGUUCAAAGUGCCAGACAAUUUUUUGAAACUGUUCCACAAGAUGAGUUGAAGGAACUUGCAGAAGUGGGGAAACUCAAAAUAAGGGUGACAGCUGAAGAGGAGAAGGGUCAUGUUCAACAGCAGAAACUGGUCUUUGAAAGCCAGCCACUAGAACAAAUUAGAGAUGAAAAAAAGGAAAUAACUAGAACAGUGAAUGUAGAGGAUAUUGAAAAAGUGGAUGUAACAAAUUGCAUGCAAAUCUUUGAAACAUAUGAUAUGAGCAGAUAUGAUGAACGUCAGAGGAUUCAAGUUGAAGGUGUGACCAAAGGCUCUGUACAAUCAAACAAAGAGUUUUUUGAAUCUACACCAAUUUAUGCCAUGCAGGAUUGUUCAGGCCACUAUCAUGAAUUGAAAACUGUGAGGCAUGAAGAGAUAGUGAAAGGAGAUGUGAAAACCUGUAAGUGGAUGUUUGAAACCUGCCCUAUUGACCAGUUUGAUGAAAGUAUAAGCAAGUACCAAGUCAUUAAAGGGAUUACUCAGCAAGAGGUCGAAACAGGUACAGUCAAAACAGCUAAAUGGCUUUUUGAAACACAGCCUCUUGAUGCCAUCAAAUACUUCAGCAAUAUUGAAGAUGAAGAGUGUGUUAUUAAAGAAACAACUGAUAUAGUGAAAGGUGAUGUAAAGACCUGUAAGUGGCUAUUUGAGACAAAACCGAUGGAUGUGCUAUAUGAAAAGGUUGAGCCCAAGAGUGAAAAUGGAAAUAACGAGGUUCAUAAAGGUGAUGUCAAAUCUUGCACCUGGCUCUUUGAAACUCAAGCGCUUGACACCAUCCGAGAUGAGUCUGAGACUAUAUUGAAAGCAUGCACUGCAAAACAAGAAGACAUUCAGGGAAAAGAUGUACGUACUGCUUGCUUCCUCUUUGAGACUGAGAACAUUGCAAACAACACUGGAGAGGAUGGAUGCACUUUUAAGCAGGUGACUGAGAUUGAUAUCCAGUCUGGAGAUGUAUCACGAAUGAAAUACAUAUUUGAGAACCAGUCCUCCGAUGUCAUGACCUCGACCUCGGAGGAAUUCAUGCGCCAGCUGAGGUCAGACCAGGUUGAGGACAUUAAAAAAGGAAAUGUAGGAAACUGCAAAUGGCUCUUUGAAAACCAUCCAAUAGAUACAAUCCAUGAGAACCCAGAAGAAGUAAAGGAGACACGCACUGUGAUUGACAUCCAAGGAGGCAAUGUGGAUAAUGGCCGAUUAAUUUUUGAGACCUGUUCUUUAGAUAAAAUCCAAGAGAUCUCUUCUGAGUCAGAGAUGACAAAACUCCAGAGAAUAAUCUGUGAGGAUGAGGAGAAAGGAGAUGUUAAAAAUUAUGCAAUGAUGUUUGAAACUCAGCCACUUUAUGCAAUCCAGGACAAAGAAGGACAUUACCAUGAAGUGACGACACUUACAAAAGAGGAGAUACUGAAAGGGGAUGUAGUGGGUGCCCGUUGGUUAUUUGAAACAAAGCCUCUUGAUUCCAUUAAAGAUACUGAUGAAGUCUACCUAAUCAAAGCUGUUACUGAAGAGGAUGUUGUAAAAGGUGAUGUCAGUUCUGCUAGAUGGAAAUUUGAAACCCAACCUCUUGACAACAUUACUGACCACUCUUUUAAAACUGUGGAAGACAUUAGAGGGGGUGACGUCAAGGCAAACAAAGAGCGCUUUGAAUCUGAUUUGAUGUCACAGAACUUAGUCCGAACUGUUAGCAUGAGUGAGAUUCAUGAAGGCAAUGUAAGGGCAGCUAAGUGGAUGUUUGAGACUUGCACCAUUGAUCAGAUCCAUGGGGAAAACACAGAAAACCAGAUGGAGACAGUUGUUGUGGAAGAACAGGUCAAAGGAGAUGUAAAACAGUCUGUGUGGUUGUUUGAGAAAAAUCCACUCAAUAGCAUCAAUGAAAAGGGGGAGACGCAGCUCAUCCAUGAAGAAAUACCCAAGGGAGAUGUGAAAACAACAACUUGGCUUUUUGAAACUACUCCAUUUCCUGACUUCAAUGAGAACAGUGCAGUGAAACCUGAAAUCAUUGGUAAAAGUAUAAAAGAAACUCUUAAUGAACUAUACAGUCACAGAAUGGUGGAAUCCAAAGGGAUUAUAAUAGAGACUGAUGAGAUUGGGGAUGUGCGCAUGGCUAAGUAUAAUCUAAUGAAUAAAGAGCCCCCUGAAAUUCAGAAGGAAGAAAUCAUCAAAGGAGACUUGCAGAACAUCAUGAUGAAUCUCCUCUACAAGCAAGAGACAAAACAAAAAGGAAUUGUUAUCAGUGCACAGGAAAGAGGAAAUAUCAGUAGCACUGUGGAACAGCUGUUCAACCAGGAGACUGGCAUUAAUGUAGAAAAAGAGGAAAUUAUUCAGGGUGACAUUCAAGAAGCCAUAAACAACCUACUGAAGGAGGAGAGCACGGGUAAGCAAGGCAUUCUUAUUCAGGAGGAUGAAAAAGGAGAUGUUCGGAUGACUGUAUAUUCUCUUUUUAAUAAACAAGAGGAUACCAAUAUUGAAAAAGAGGAUGUGAUCAAAGGCAAUGUAAAAGGCUGUCUAGAAAAACUUUAUAAUCCAGGAACAGAACAGAUUGUUAAAAUGAAGGUAGAUGACACAGAAAAGGGCAAUGUGAGCUUUUAUUCAACCUGCAUUGAGUCAGGGGCUCUGGACUACCUGAAAGAGCUCAGAGCAGAGCAUGAUGAGAUAGAAAUAAGUAAGCAAGAAAAGGAAGAAAUUGUUGGUGGUGAUAUUAGAGGGACAAAACAAAGCCUUAUGCAUAAUCAGGCUAAAAUCUGUCGGCUUGUGGAUAGGGAAGAUAUUGUGCCUGGUGAUGUCCAUAACGCAGUCAAGGUUUUCAUGACAGAGCCUUCAAUUGAACAUCUCCAGAAAGAAGAAAUAGUAGGAGGUGAUUUAAGAGCCACUCUAAACUCACUGACACAGUCUAUAAAUCAGUCGGUUGUUCUGGAGAAAGAGGAGAUUGUUAAAGGUGACAUAUCCACUGCCCUCAAGUCUCUUCAAGAUGCCCAAAUGCAUCCUAAAGAGGUAGAAAAGCCUGAAAUCAUCCCCGGCAACAUCAAAGGAGCAUUGAAAUCACUGAAAGACUUGGCUACUGAUAAAGUUGAAAUUAUUAUUGAAGAUUUAGUUCCAGGUGAUAUCAAAGGUACAUUAAAAUCUCUAGAGGAAGCCAAAGGAGCAGUAAGGGAGGUGGAGAAAGAAGAAAUUGUAAAGGGUGACAUUAAUUCAGCCUUGCAGAGUCUACAAGAAGCUUCUAAUGAGCGAAAGGUUUGCCAGCAAGAGAUAGAAGUUCAGGGAAAUGUGAAAGGGACAAUUCAGCUCUUAUUAGAACCUCCUUCUACUCCCAGAAUGCAACGCAGGGCCAGCACAGAGGGUGAUGUCAAGCUGUCAAUAAAAUCAUUAUAUGAGACACAAGAGCAGGUGCAGUCAGAGAAAGAAGAGAUGAUAAAAGGGGAUGUUAAGGGUACAAUAAAAUGCUUGCUAGAAACAGCACAACGAACAAGCCCAAAGAUUCCCAGAAGAGAACCAAUAAGAAAAGUGAAAGUUCCCAAAGUAAAAUUACAGUCUCCUUCUCAAAACGAUAUCCAGUCUUCUCCCAGUACAGUGAAGAAUUUAACCAGAAACAGUCAGACACUGAAUGCACAAGAACUUGAAACCACCAAAUCAGUGCAAAACGAAUCCACAUCUCAAGAGAAAAACACACUCAUCAAUCAAAACAGAACUAAUCCACAGGAAUCAAAAACCACUGUGCUAGAACACAAAACAAUAUUACAGACUCAUGAGGUUAAAACUUUAAAGACUGAAUUCCGCAACCUCAAAACAAACCUUAAAGGUGUAAAAAGAUCAAAUAAGACCAAAGACAGAAAGCAAGAGGUUCCUGUACCAUAUCUCCCAACUUCACUUCCUGAGCAUGAGUUCCCUGCUCCUCCAACUCCUCCUCCAGUUCAUGAUAGCCUUUCCUUUCCUACCUCUCCCAUUAUCCAGGGUGAUAAUGACCUUCCUCCACCACCCAGUCCUCCUCCUUGUGACUUGAUAACAUCAGAUCCUGACCAUUUACCUCCCCCACCUACUCCACCUCCUCUUGCUGCAACUGAACAAGAGUUCCUUCCCCCUCCUCCAACUCAGAUGGAGCUAGACCUCAUUCCCAAUAUAACACCAACCAAGCCUAGUAAACUGACAGUAAAGCCAGUCAAAGCUCCGGUCCUGUGUAAAGUACCAAAGUUGGAGCCAGUCAUACAUCUUGACAAAAUGGGUAUACAUUCCAGAUCAGCUUUGCAAGUGCCUAAAAACACAGAAACAGUGAAAAAAAUCAACUCAGCAGAGACAGAAUAUAUGGUUUUGUCGGCCUCAUCCACUCUGGUCUCAUCUGAAAUCCAAUCAUCCAUUUCAGUGGAGCCACCUGAGUCUCCACAUCCUCCCUUGGGUCUCAUUCCACCAGAUUCACCACCGCCACCAUCUCUGAUAAGUAACUUCAAAACUCCAUUAAUUAAAGCUGAGCAAAAAUACAGAGAGCAGCUAAAGGAGAGCCACACAUCAUCCAGCUCACCAGCCUUUGAAACUGACAUGCGUGAGUCCGUCAGUACAGCCCUUGAAAUGCUUUCCUCGGGAGGGAAGAGCACUGAACAUUCUGAACAAGGCGUACCAUUUGAUUUUCCUCAAGAGAAAACAGGAAAUAAUGUGACCAAAAUGACAUCAGACUCAGAGAUGUAUGAUUCAUCUAACAAUGAUGCACAUUCAGAAGCUCCACCAAGCAAGCCUUUAAUCUCUACUACAAAUAAAAAAUCUCCUUCUGAAUCUCCCAUUAUUUCCUCAGCUAAGCAGUCUGUUAUCUCUAAUCUAAUCAGCUUUAAUCAAAGCACUUUGGUUCAGCAGCAGACCACAUCUACAACAUCUAAAAAGAAGAAAAAAUACCGGCCCAUGACAACCAGUACUCAGCAAGUGACCUCUACUUCUGUUAAACUGUCAGAGAUGGUUAAUAGCAAUUCUGCACAGGUAACCACAAAUGUACUGAAACUAGGUGAAGAAAAAGAUCAUCCAACUGUCUCUACAGAUGACUUUAUCAGUAGUGCAUUUGAGAUCGAAAGUGUCAAGAAAGAUAUUGUAAAUAAUAGUUUAGCUGAAAAAUCUGCAGUCAAUGAAAGUAAGAAAAUUAAUAACUCUGUAAAAACAGGCCAGAGAAAGACGUCCCCUGAUCAGAGCAACCCUACAAAGGAAAACGUAGACACUGCAAUUAAAGAAGCUGAGCAAAAGGUUCAAAAAGUGAAGAAAGGACGCAAGAAAGAUGAGGGCAUAGAAGAAAAGCCAGCAGCUCAAACGGUGAAGGUGGUACCAAAAAAUGUCCAGGUGAGUGAGAACAGAGAAAGGAAAGUUACAGAGAUUAAAGUGGAAAAACAGGCCACACAAAAGCAGGUUGAGGAUGGUCUUGCCUCUCCAAAGAAAAAAAAGAGAGCUAAAUGCAAGAAAGAUAAGGACACAGCUCAACAAGCCCAGGGGCAAACACAAAAUAAUACCACUCUUCCUCUGCCUGCUUCCCCCUCAGAGGUAAAAUCUCCAGUUUUGACAUCUAAUCAGAAACAAGAGGAAUUUGCGAUGGUGCAGACCCACAAAACCAUUCAUGGAGAACACAUUGCCGUCCACAAAGAGAUCACCAUCACAGAGAGUAAAGUUCAGCAAAGUUUGCAGCAACAGGGCACUAUGGUAAAGUCUCAAAAACAGGCCAAGAGUUCUCUGAAAAAGAAAGAACUAGUUGACAGCCAACAGAAAUCUAAAGAUGAAAGCAUAAAUGUGACAGGGGAGUUGACACAAAGGAAGCCUUCCAAAACUUUGACAGAGAGCACAGAGGCAUUACAAAGAUGUACAGAAGCUCAGAAGUUGCUGUCUUAUAUCUCAGAGUUACAGGAAGUUAUAGAAAAAAUGGACUCCAAGAGUGUGAAGACAUUACUCAAUGAAAUCCCAGAGUGGCUUAUUGGACCAGAGGAAAAGAAUAGCUUGGUGAAAGCUGUAGAUGAACAUAAUUUGGAGAAACUCGAAGAAAUUGUAGCUCAUGUACAGAAUCUCAUUCAGGUAAAACUAAUGGAUGUUGAAAGAAAUGUUGCAACUACUGAAAAACAUGAAUGUGAAGCUACAUCUGAAAAAGUGGUUUCAGGCAAGGCUGCUCAAAGGAUUUCAAAAAUGACUAUAGACUCCAAAAAAGUUGAAACUAAAAAGAAAGUAGUGGAGAAAAAAAACACUCGUGAAAGCCGCAAGCAGCAAGGCAAGAGCAAAAAUCCUCCUGACCCCAGAUCACUAUCACCUUCAUUAAAAAUGCGCUCACCCUCACCCACAUUUAUCACCAUUGAAUCCACAAGAAGAACUGACUCACCACAAAAAGUAGUGUCAUCACCUCCACCAAUGCCACCUACCCCUCCACCACGCAGGUCUGAAACACCUACAUCACGUUUAAGCAGAGCUUCUCCAUCACCCACUCUAGGGAGAGCCAGCAGUCUAUCAAGGCUUAGAGAAGCAACGGCUAAACUUUCUCGUGGACCCUCACCUGAUCCUGUGCAUCACCCUGUGUCAGUCAAUGGGAAGAAGUCUGAGAUUGUGGAAAUUCCAUCCACAUUUCAUUGUCAAAUUAAAACUGAUUCCAAGCCUGCUGAGAAUGGAAGGAUUCUGAAAGAGCGUAAAGUCUCUGAAUGUUCAGAGGAACCAGCUAAACUUUCUCGUGGACUCUCACCUGAUCCUGUGCAUCACUCUGUGUCAGUCAAUGGGAAGAAGUCUGAGAUUGUGGAAAUUCCAUCCACAUUUCGAUGUCAAAUCAAAAUCGAUUCUAAGCCUGCUGAGAAUGAAAGGAUUCUGAAAGAGCAUAAAGACUCAGAGGAAGAAUGUUCAGAGGAAGCUGUCUCAGAAAAGGUGACCUCAAUUCAACAGAGGACCGAGGAAGUACAAAAAAACAUCAAUUAUAUUCCUGAGCAUUUAAGGCUGGAUACAGAGGAAGGUGAAACUAAAGUUCCACAGAAAGAAGGUUUUCCAAAUAUUGACUUGUCUGGACAGGUCAGAAAAUUUGAGAGCCCAGAUGCAAAGACAUACACCAGUAAAAAACCUACUGACAUCCUAGAUCAGUCUGGCAUUGAAAGUGAAGCCUUAGAUAGACCAGACAACAACAUCAAGGUUGUAAAAGACAUUUUUGAAAUGGCUGAGCAAAGUUCCUCUGUGAAAGAACAGAAAAACAAACAGGAGGAGCAGGCAUCAAGAGUGAGUGAAAUCAUGGCUCAAGAUUCAAAGCCUGAUAUUCAACAGAUCUCUCAAGAGACCACACCUCUGCCUCUGCUCAAAGAUGUAGUGCUGGAAAAGUCUGUCGAUCCAUGUGGCUUUUCAGAGACGAAAAACGUUACAGAGCAUUACUCCACUGUCGAUGAAGAUGGCAGGAAGAUAACCGGGACAAGAAGUACCACAACCAUAUCUAAACAUUCUGAGAGUGUUGUGUCACAGUGCAGUCCAUUCUCUUAUGCUGAUGCUGUGAAGAAAAAGGCCCCGGAGGUGAAUUUAUCCCCCGAGUCCUCUGCUGAAGAAUUAUUGAAAAAAUUCCAUGAGAUGUGGACUGAGAGUGAGAGUGUGUUUAAAAGCCUAGGCUACAGUGUCUCAGAUUCGAGUUCCAAAGUCGGAGCUGUGCACAGUGUGUCGGACGAGAGUGUAUCCCAUGGAGGGUCUGAUAGCAGACAAAAAGAAAUUCCAUAAAUCCUGUUUCUUCUGUGAACACUGCAAAAAUAAAUUAAGCCUUGGAAACUAUGUCUCUCUCCAUGGACAUUUAUACUGCCCACCGCAUUAUAAGCAGCUCUUCAAAUCUAAAGGACAUUUUGAUGAAGGAUUUGGACAAAGGUCUCAGAAAGAAUUGCUUAGUGGAGGAUAUUUAAUGAAUGCCACUUCUGAAGAACCUGACUGGAGAUAUUCCCUUUCACAAAGCAGCUUCAGUUCUGUGUCAGACAUCUAUGAAAAAGUAUCCAAGGUACAAGAUAAAUCUGAUCAAACCCCUCAAAAAUUAAACAAACAUUGUUUAGUGUGGCCCCCUCAGACUGACCCACCGAAGAAGACAUUUACCAUGGACCAAGAUAUACAGUUAGUAAAACCAGUGUGGCCUCCCAAGAGUGAGUCUUCAAAGUCUCCAAAACACCAGAGACAGAAAGUAUCAAAGAUUAUUACACCUCAUCCAUAAGACAUUAAGGCCGCCUGGGUGCUUGAGGCAGAGGCACCUCAUACAUGCUGAAAUCUACAUAAGAAUGACAAGAUGAUCCAAGGAAUUACAGAAUGUCUCAAAACAGGUGAAUAUUUAAUGAGGAAUGAGCACUGAGAGAAACAGGAUAAUCUUUGAUGAUUCUGUGAUAGAUAUUGAUAUAAAUAUUGAUGAGAAUGUGAUGAGGAAGUAGAAUUAUGUCAAUGCAUGUACUGAGGGUUUAUGGUUAGAAAGAAAUUAAAUGUAAAAGGAUGUGAAAUUGUGUGAAAGAUCAUUUGGAUAGAGACAAGAAGAUAGUAAUAGCAUACAAAUUCAUAAUUCACUCUGCAAUUAAACUUGAUAGUAAUUAAAUGAUUGCUUGUUCAAAUCAGAGAAAUGGAGGGAAAUGAAAUGGAUAACAAGGUGCCAUAUGUAAAGAUCUCAGUAUGUGCUGCUAAUGCACUAAACACUUUUGUCUUACAGUAUAUGAAUUAUAACUCACUAUUUUUGCUUGGCAAAAAUAUUCUGUAUAACAUUUUACCUUUUAUAGUGUCCAUGGAGAGAGUACAGCUAUCAUACAAAUGUUAGAUUUUCCAAUUUGCCCCAAUUUAUAUUCUGUCUAUGGUUAGAUACCUUUGGAAGCACCUGGGGUGCAGUGUAGCAAAUGAUAAAACUGAGUAAAUAAUUUUUCUUAUGUAAAUGUCAUAUCUAAUUGGUACUUGUUUAUUUUGGUCACUGGUGUCCUACUCUAAAGAGAAAAUAUUUUUAAAUGGACAUUAAUUUCAGAAUAGUCUUUGUUUGUAUAAGAGCAAUCGUUUAUUCAGGUCAGGCUGGUUCACUGGUGCAUCUUGCAAAUUUAUUGAUCUAAGAAAAAUAAACAGCUCUUAUGUUCAAUGUC